ACUUGUACAUACAUCUUCACCUCUUCUAAAUACACAGUAUCGCUUCAUCUUCUAUUGUAUCUUGUUUACUCUGUAGAUACUCAAACCGGAGCGUCAAACAACUAGUCUAGUAACCCUCGUCUUUACAUCUUUAACAUGUCCGAUCAAAAGAAUUUCAACGUUGGAGUGGUUGGAUAUGGCAUGUCCGCCAAGGUCUUCCACAUCCCAUUCAUCAAACUCACCGAAGGCCUCACCCUACACUCCAUCGUCCAGCGCAGCCCCAAGCCCAACGACUCAGCCCCGCAUGACUAUCCGGACAUUCACCACCACACGUCAGUCGACACCCUCGUGGCCGACCCAGCCCUGGACCUCGUCGUCAUCUCCACCACACCCGACACCCACUACGCCUUUGUCAAGCAGGCGCUCGAGGCCGGCAAGCACGUCCUGGUCGAGAAGCCGUUCGUGCCGACCUCGGCUCAGGCCGUCGAGCUCGCCGACCUGGCUCGCACCAAGGGCAAACUGCUGUGCGUGUACCAGAACCGCCGAUGGGACGGCGACUUUGUCACGCUCCGGCGACUGCUCGAGGUCGGCGAGCUGGGCCGCGUGUGGGAGUUCGAGACGCACUUUGACCGCCACCGCGCCGCGCACCCGACCAACUGGAAGGCCAGCAUGACCAUGUCGCAGGGCGGCGGCGUCGUCUACGACCUGGGCACCCACCUCGUCGACCAGGUCUACGUCCUCUUUGGCAAGCCCUCGACCGUGAGCGCAAAGUUUGUCCGCCAGCGCGAGGGCCGCCUCGUCUCGGGCGUGAACGGCAUCGAGGACGAGCCGGACAGCGUCAACGCCGUGCUGAGCUAUGCCGAUUCUGGACUGCUGGUCCAUGUGCGCAUCGGAGUGCUGAGCGUCGAGGCCGAGCAGCCUAGGUUCUGGGUCCGUGGCAGCGAGGGCACGUACCGCAAGACGGGGCUCGAUACGCAAGAGGACCAGCUCAAGGCGGGCAUGACGGGGACCGAGAAGGAGUUUGGCAGGGAUGAGAAGCCUGGAAGGCUGGCCAAGCUGUCUGCAGAGGGCAAGGCGCAGGAGGUUGCGUACCCCAACAUCGAUCCACCGGCUACGUACCUGCAGCUGUACAGGGGACUUGCGGCUGCGCUGAGAUCUGGCAAGGAGGAGGACUGCCCUGUGCCGGCGGCCCAGGCGGCGGAGGUGUUGAAGAUCAUUGAGGCGAUGCGGGAGAGUGCCAAGACCGGAAAGGAUGUGGUACCUGCUUAGGCAAGUGUUGCUACUUAUGUGUUUAUGUCUUGGCAGGAUGGGUAACUAUAUAUGAUCUUUAGAGAGGCUGCCCAGCUUGCAAUUUAGUCGGUUGUAGCCUGGCUAGCUAGUGUUUUCUGUUUGAUUUGAUGAUAUUGUCAUGCCGCUUUUCUUCGAUGCUCAACUCUUGGGAUGAGCCACAGUCUCAACUUACCUGGUUAGUAGACUUGUGUACAAAUAUAAGUAUAUAGGUGCUGCUGCUGAGCUCGGACUGUACUUCUACCACGAAAAAUGCCUUGGAAUCAGAUGGCCAAGCACAGGUUUUGAUGCUCUGCCAACGUUUGAUCUUGUUUCUUCUCCCACCUCUAAGCCUCUUGGCAGAUGC